GCUAAACAGCCCGCAUCCCUAUCGCCCAUCGGAAAUGCUGUAUGCCGCCGUUGGCUUAAGACGCGAAUCAGAUCAGAGAACGCCACUUCGGAUAGUGACGCCACAGUGAGAUAGUAGGGAAGGAAUGAGGCGCCUGAGAUGGGCGGUAGACGGCGGUGGAUGGGAGGUGGACGCCGAGGCUCCGGUGACGAUGGAGGGGACAGCGCGUGCGGUGCCGGGGGAUCCGCUCCCCUUGGGGCUCUCCCGCGGUGGCCGCCUCUCUCGCUCGAAGCAGCUCGAUUUCCUACAUCGCUUUAUGGCUUCCCCUCUCGUUCCCUCCUUUGCCGGCGACCCCGCUAACGGAGGCCGGGGUCUGCUCCUCCACCACGCCCACGCGUUCCACAUCCGCGAUAAUUGGUCUGCAACUGUAUUGGAGCAGUUCAAUCUACAGAAUUUUGUGGCUUCACUUAAGGAGACUUCAUCAAAUAAUCUUGAGGACAUGUCGUUACCUAUGACCAUAGCAAGGAAUAUCAUUGAGUUCCUCUCUCUGGGCUGUGGUUCAGAGCUCUUGAUUAGUCCGGAGUCUUCUUUACUUUUUGAAAUUUACAAUGACAGAAAGGGGAGCCGUGGCAAAGCAGUUUUUCUUCACAAGCUUCAAAGACAUAACUUGAUGCUGGAGGCAGCUUGCCCUGGACUUUUUGUGGACAAAAAGGGAACGUAUUGGGAUGUCCCAUUGUCAGUGGCUAUUGAUCUUGCUUCAGUUACAUUAGAUUCUGGUCUGAAUUACCAUUUAUUGUUACAACACAAUAGUGGGCAACCUAAGCACUUUGGUGGUAAUGAAAAAACUGAGGCGCCUAUGUCUCUGCUGCCUGGUUUGUGUGCAAAAGUUGCCAUUUCUAUGAAGAAACAUGUAGAGUUUUGGAGAAAGAAGGAAGGGAAGCUUAAAUUAGUUCAACCAUAUGAUGUAUUUCUUUCAAAUCCCCACAUCUCUGGAGUUUGUAUAUUUGGUGCUGUGGCGAGUGCAUCUCUGGGUGAAAAUUCAGCAAGAUAUGUGAAAACAAUGCUUAGAAGUGGCAAUUCUUUCAAUUUAUGCUUUCAAAAAAAUAAUUUUGGACUCUUUUCAGAUCUAUUUGCAUCCUUUACUUUUAAAGCACAGCUUGGGAAUUUCCAGCGGCUUUUUUUUGAUCUUACGAAGUUUGAUGCCCACAUAGAUUUCCCUUCAGGCACCACAUUUAUAUGGGGUGCUUCUUCUCUCGCAAAGAACAUAUAUAAUUCCCAGAAGCCUGAUGUCAUUUCAAUCCGUGCUAUAUGUCCAAAUUUGAGGGUUUCUCUUCAGCAACAGAUUGUUGGUCCCUUCAGCUUCCGCUUUGAUUCCAGAAUAUUAUUGGAUUCAGAGAAUGGAAAGUAUUUGGCUCAGCUGGAUGAUCAAGUUUUCGCCAUUGACUGGGCUCUGAAAGUUCUGGGAUCUGCAAAGGCCUCAUUAUGGUACUCUCCAAAACAUCAAGAGGCAAUGGUGGAACUUCGAUUCUUCGAGAGCUGAGGACAUCAUUUAAUGUCUAUACCUCACUGAGCAAAAGGUUGUUAUUAACUGCUUGUCAUUUUGCUAGCAAUUGGUUCUUAAUUAGUUGUCUCUACAAUUAUGCCAUUAAACUACUUAAAAGUGGUGCAUUUACUUGUCAUCUUACUAUUUAAAAAGUGAUUAUAGUUGGAUUUUAUCAUCCUGUUUUUUACAUGGAUGAUAGAGCUAUAUGGCAUUUUAUUUAUCUAUAGGAGUGACAAAAAAAGAGGUGUCUGGGAA